UAGCGGUGAUGUGAGACCCGCGUCAAGAUGGCAGCGUGUUAAGUUCGAAACUCGUAGCGAUGCCCCUUAGAGCCAGUAGUGGCAUCUAGUUAGCAGUGCGUCGGCGCCUCGAUUCCGUCCACGAUAAGAGCGCCGUGCGACAGCCACGGCCGCAGCAGAAGCGGGCGCUCAUGGAAUGGUCACCUCGCUCGACUCAACGGGAUAAUCCGCGACGGCAGCUUCAGCAGCAGCCGCCGCCGCCGCCGCAUCACCCGCUGGCUGGCGAUGGAACGGUGGCCGCCGCCGCGACGCACAUCUCGCGGGGCGCUCAGGCGGACGACGGUUCCGGCGGCCUUAAGCGAAAGCCGCCCUACAGUUACUCGACGCUCAUCUCCUUCGCCAUCAACAGUUCGCCCACCAAGAAGAUGACGCUGAGCGACAUAUACACCUGGAUCUGCGCGAACUUCCCCUUCUACCGUGAGGCAGGCACGGGAUGGAAGAACUCUAUCCGCCACAAUCUGUCGCUGAACAAGUGCUUUCACAAGGUACCUCGGUCAAAGGACGACCCCGGAAAGGGUUCCUAUUGGGAGCUUGACCUGAAAUCGGGCAGUGAGCUUCCCUGCAGAAAGAAAAAGCUCAAGGCUUAUGAUUCGGUGUACCCUUACAGCCCCGAAACUGGCAUCAACACCUGGACUCCAGAGCCUGAGGGCCACUCGUCACCUCCACAAAGCCACACCACCAUUCCAGAAAUAAAGCAGGAAGUCCUACAGCCUGAAUACGAAGUUGAUGAUGACCAAUCAAGAGUGUCAUCGGAAUACUAUGAUGAGCCUGUCAAGACAAUCAUGGAGUCGUUCACGCACGAGCAGCUGGUGGAGCUGACUGCCACGCUGGCGUCCCUCCAAGAAGCGGAGGCCACGGGCUAUGCCAGCCACCCGGGCGACGCGGGACUUCUGGCGGCUACCACGCCCAACUUGGCCCCACCACCCCCUGACCCACCCACCACGCUGCACAGGCUUGAAGCUGCUUCCCAGUCUGCCGCUGUGCCCGCGCACCACCGAUCCAUGUGCCACUAUGGAGGUGUAACCCAGCCAGAUGAUGCUUCCCGAGAGCGCUACGGCACUAGUAGCAGCCCCAACCUUAGCGGAGGGUUCCUCGAUCAGAUUCCGGACAUAGUGAAGAAUGAGCAUGGCGAGGCCCCCACAUACGCCUCGCUGGGCUACCCGCCGUCCCUGUCCCCCGCAGACGCCGGUGCCAAGAGCCAGCACCAUCACCAGCAUCACCAGCCGCACCAUCACCAGCCGCAUCAGCACCAGCCGCCGCCGCCCCCACACCUCCAGCAUCAGCACCACCACCACCAUCACCACCACCACCAGCAUUACCACACCAUGCAGGUGCCCAUGCCUUGCGGUACUGCCCCUUACGCGUGGCACCACCCCGCCUGAAGGGGCGCGUCGUCUGUGCGACCUGAGCCCCCAUGGGGCUCCUUCGAACCUGCGGGCAAGGACUUCACUCGGCAGGUGACAGUUUGGGGCCUCACUGUGAUGAUGUCACGCUGUACACACCACCGCGCCUACCUCCCAAUCAUUGCCGGCCUCCUCAAGAGAGAGAGAGAGAUACUAUAGGGUGGCAGCAGGACUGCUUGCCGCGUUAUUGCCGUCUGUCAUAGUGCCGCCUUUUUUUGGUCAUCGAUGUCUACAGACGAGGGUGCGCUGGCAAAAAUGACUGACCUUGCCAUGUCGUCUGUGAUUACUGCCUACUGGGUUGCUAAAUGGUCUAGCAUGGAGAACAACGGGUCCCACUCCUGCCGCAUUCUCGACUGUCGCUGCACUCCCUUCUGACCUUUCCGAACGAGGUCGGGCAGAAGCCUCGGGUGUGGUACCAGUGCCCUUCGGUUUGAGAUUUGUGUUCACCAGGGAGCUGGGUGCACUCGCCCUUGUGUGUGUGUAGUCACCACCGCUGUGGAGACUGUUCCCCAGCGGAGUCUCUCUGUUGUUGUGGGAUGGUGUCGGAGUGGCACUGGCUUGCACUGUGCCUACACAUUUGAUGUUGUCUUGCUGGAAUGGACUUUUGUGGUACAGGCUGUUUCGUGCAGUGGCAGUAGCAGUGUCAGCAGGUGAAUUUGUUUAGUUUUUUGUCUUGCAACUGUGUCACUGAAUCAAAAUUAAAUUUCGCUAUGAUCUACUGGCAAGAUGUGCAAAUGUGCUAAAAAAAUUCUUUACAAAGAAUCUUAAUGAGGAAUGACUUCAGAUAUUGUUAAACAAGCAUUUUUAGAGCCUGCAAGUAUCAGUUAUUAGGGUCAUGAUGAGUCACUAUAUAAGACAGUCUGAUGUUAAGACACCUGUUUUGGUAGAUGGAAUGAAUACGUUUUGAAAGAAGUUCCAUCUUCGAUAACAUAUGAUGUCCUAAAAGAGCUGCGCAACCAGUGGUUAUAUUGUAAUUUCUAUGAUUAUAGAGAGCUGCUGCACAUCACAGUUGUCUUGCACUGAAGCAUAAGACUUUGUCAAAAGUGCUACAAACUGCCAAAUAUGUGAAUGUUCUGAAAAAUUACUAAUAAAGGCAAAGGUGAAAGCCUUUGUUUACUCUAAAAUGUGAGGUAAAACUUAAAGACGGUUUGAUUCUGCUGCUGAGCUCAAGGUUCUGGGUUCGAUUUCCUGCUGCUUUCUUACUGGUGGCUGGUUUACAUAAAAACUUGUUUACUUCCACAUUAAAUAAACCCAGGUGGUCAAAAUUGGUUCAUAGUCCUGUAGCGUCCCUCAUAGCUUUAGUGUGACUUUGGGACGUAAAACUGCUUCACUUGUUAAUAUGUUAUUAUUCUUAUUCUUGAAAUUUUUGUUAAAUUGUGGUUUCCAACUUUUAGGAACGCGAAUAAUACGAGUUUGCAUUACAGUCCUAUUGGCUGUGAUGUUGUGAAUGGGCACGUUUAAGUUGAUCGAGUGAUAAUUACACAUUCUAAAUGUUCGUAUAAUUGCAUCUGUGUAGCCAUGUGAAUUGGAAAAGAACGGAAUGUAGCUCGACGUCUGGGAAGUUCUAGAGCUUGAGACCAUGGUUGGAGAAACACCGGCAUAACAUUUUGUUGACAGAUAUACCUAACGUAAUUAACAUUGUUAUAACAAAAUCGCAUGCAACGCGAAAAUAUGUAUGUUAUAUUGAAUAUUUGUUAUAAGCAUAUAUUUAUUACACGCUGAUAUUGGUGAGAAACUCUAGGUUUACUUCGUUAUAUCUGAUAAUUUGAUAUAUUUUUGUUUGUUGCAUUGAGGUUUGCUUUACUUGCAAAUCAUGACAAAAGGCAUGCUGUGUUCUGCCAGUGCCACUGAACGACUCAGUCUGUUCCAGCUGUUGGCUCAACCGGGGCUGCCUGUUAGCAUAGCGCGGACCAUAAGCUGCUAUGGCUGUAUAGAAACGUCAUGUGUAUAGUGUGCAAAUUGUGCAAAUUGUUGCACGUUUUGGGAGCCCCAGUGCUUGUGGAAACGGUCACGUGACAGAAAGGCCUUUGGAAAUUCGUCCUGCCUUGUGCACCUAAAAAAGAAAAUAAAAAUUAAAAAAAAUGUAAAUGAAGUUGCCCAGUGCCACAUCACAUUCAUCUGAAAAAAGAAUAAUUUCAUCGUCAAAAUUUUACUCCUAUUGUAUCUGUUGCAAUAAAAUAGCAACACAUGUCAGUUUGAAAGAACCUCUUUAACAGCCUUGGACUUUGUGUGCCACUGUAAAGUCAUUGAGGAAUGUCAACACACUGUUGCACUGAAAAUUAUAGCAGUUAUGUCUGCACCUGCCACAAUCAGUGACACGCAAACAUUGCCAACUGGCUUGUUUUCAUUUGAAAGUUUUAUGAUUUUUAUGAAAUCGCAGCCUAUGUAGCUGCUCUACUGAUCCAAGUAAUUAGUUCGCAAUGCUCUGCGCAUUUUUGCAGGUUUGAAGAUUUGCUUGCAAACGCCAGACCAUAGACAGAGGCGAGAAAUGCCACUUAAACUAGCACCUAGCACAAGGCACCCUCGAUGGAUUGGUGUAGUAUUAACUGUGUCUUUAACCGCACGGCCAUGAAGGCAUUACUCGAAGUACAAAAUAGUUUUCAACUCGUUUCAUGCUUUUUUCCUCGGGUGUUUGGCAGUCAUCUGUCAUUGUGUGGUGCCAUAGCAGAGGACAUUGUUACUGCAUAGUUACUAUUGCAUUUUUUUUUAGCUCAUCCACUGCUCCUCGUGAGUACUUUCAGAAGUUGUGUUAUUACGGCCAAAAUUUUGUUCUUGCAUUAGUGUGCGCUUACAGUAGUGUAGGAGAGGUGGGACUGUUAUCACUUCUUUGCUAAUUUGCACUUUUCCUGCUGCGGUUUCUACAGGUUUGGUACUAUUGCAGUGGACUUAUAGUUCAAGUCUCUCAACUGACUAAGCCGAAUUCUUUUAUGAGCUGAACAGUCUGAAUACCUUUGCUUAGGUUCCCACAGGAAUGCAGUACAGACGUUAUUUUAAAUCUAACGGAGAAACAUUAGUCCUGUAAUGGAUGUAAUUGUGCUCCUGUUGUGGCUUGCAAUAACAAGAUUCACUGCACUUGCAUUAAAGUGAGCUUGCGUUAAGCUCAGCUUGCAUUAAGUUGAACCUGCAUUAAGCUGAGCUUGCCUAAUUCUCAGCAUUAAGCUGAGAAUCCACUGCCAUGCUUGCAUGGGGUACUGAAAAAGUGAUGUUUGUCGAAAGAACACUAGGUUGCGUAUGUUCACUUAAACUCCGUGGCACAUCUGCCCAUGUGCUUGAUUUUUGGAAUCAAGGCGCACAUAAAUAAUUAGAGGCUAAUACUUCUUAUAUUUCUUAUUGUGCAAAUGUACAAUGUUGCAAUGGUUGAGCUUGUUAGGAUGAAGAGCUGUUGUAUUCCAUCAGAACAUAUGUCAUAGAUGAACAAAAAAAAAAAAAUGCCGAGAAAAAGAAACUUGAGAUUACAGUUUAAGUGCUACAGAUUGGGCACUACAAAAGAGUUAUAGGAAAUUCAUUCUAAAAGAGAUGUGCUGAUCAUUAUGAGUAGUUGUACCAGUAAGGUGCUAAGCUGAUGAGAGAUUCUAGCAGCAGCACAAGGAAACAAAAUAGAAAACAUUUAUCUGGGGAGUUCUGAACUUGUAUAUGUGCAAGUUGUUUUAUUUUGUAGACAUAAAAUCCUUAGGGUUUUGCAAUAGCAAUGAAGUUGGAAAGCUGUAUUUUUAUUUCGGUUCGAGGGAAAAAGCUGUACCUGAUUAAAAUGUAUUAAGUGGCAUGCUGGCCUGUACUGUGACGUUGGCACUAGAAGUUCAAUGAUUGCGUGACAUUGUUGUUGAUUGUGAUGUAGACGUGAUAAUGCCAUUUGGAAAUCAGUUAUGAUGAGUGUUUGUUGCUUGUUCAUCGGUAUGUGAGGGUGCUUUUAUUUUUGUCAGCAGAUCUCAGAAACUUUGUGUUCAUUGAAUUUCUUGCACAUUAAAAUAGCUAUGACGAUAAA